AGACUUGGAUCCAAUCAGAGCAGCAGUGAAUAAUGAUAAACUCCUCAUCGUCUGCCAAACUACCAGUCUGACGGACAGAAGACAGACGGACAUGUGGAGGCUGGUGCUGGUGGUGCUGUUGGUUUGGACAUGGACAAGCUCGGCGCUGGUCAGGGUCCCUCUGAGGCGGGUGCAUUCGAUUCGUUCCCAGCUGCGAGCCAACAACCAGCUGUCGGAGUUCCUGAAGCAUCACCGACCCGACAUGUUUAACCGGCGCUACGCUCAGUGCUACCCGCCCGGCACGCCGUCACUGCGACUCGGACGCUCCAGCGAGAAGAUCUACAACUUUUUGGACGCUCAGUAUUAUGGUGAAAUCACUUUGGGGACUCCGGAGCAGAACUUCUCUGUGGUUUUUGACACUGGCUCAUCCGACCUCUGGGUGCCGUCAUCCUACUGCGUCAGCGAAGCCUGUGCGUUGCACAGGCGUUUCAGGGCAUUUGAGUCCACUUCUUUCCAUCAUGAUGGUCGGAUGUUUGGGAUUCACUACGGAUCAGGACACCUGCUAGGAGUUAUGGCCAGAGACACAGUGAAGAUUGCGGAUCUGACUGCCCUGAACCAGGAGUUUGGGGAGUCAGUCUACGAGCCCGGUUCUGCAUUUGUAAUGGCCAGGUUCGACGGGGUUCUGGGGUUGGGUUACCCUUCCCUGGCAGAAAUUCUCGGAAACCCUGUUUUCGACAACAUGCUGGCACAGAAGAUCGUGGAGAAGCCAGUCUUCUCCUUCUACCUCUGCAGGAGAUCAAGUAACGAAAACCGAGGAGGUCAACUGUUGCUAGGCGGAACCGAUAAGGCGUUGUACAAGGGACCGAUCAACUGGCUUCCUGUGACUGCUAAAGGAUACUGGCAGAUUAAGAUGGACAGUGUGGCCGUGCAGGGUGUGAGUUCGUUCUGUCCUCGUGGUUGCCAGGUUAUUGUCGAUACUGGAACCUCCCUCAUCGCCGGACCGACCAAUGACAUCCUCAGCCUGCAGCAGCUGAUUGGAGCCACGCCGACAAACAUAGGAGAGUUUCUUAUCGACUGCGCCAGGUUGUCCAGUUUGCCUCAUGUGACAUUCGUCCUGGGAGGAACAGAGUACACACUGACUGCUGACCACUACAUUAGGAGGGAGAUGCUUGGCAACAGGGAGCUGUGUUUUAGUGGUUUUCAGGCUGUGGACAUUCUUUCCCCCGAAGGCCCUCUGUGGAUUCUGGGAGAUGUAUUUCUGACGGAGUUCUACAGCAUCUUUGACAGAGGACAGGACCGGGUCGGCUUUGCCCUUGCUAAGCACUCAGGCGAAGACUAACCCAUCGGCUAUCAAUAGCUGACAACUGUAAGAUCAAUAAAUACUAUACAAUUAAAAAGACA